AUGCUCGUCGUCCCUUCUUCCCACCUCUCUCCCUCAACCUUCCUUUUCACCACUCUCCUUCAUCCCUCUUUUUCACAACUCUCCUUCUCAUCAUCCCUCCCCUUCUCCGUGUCCCUCUCCUUCCCCCGUCUUUCCCCCCACUUCCCGUUCGCCACGUGGCAGUCUUUGGACGAUGGAGAUGAGUUCCGGCUGCCCAUCGACCAUCGGAUCACGGAGAAUCUGGACCGCGAAGGGCUGGAGCGUCGUUGGACAAGCCGAUCCCUAGCAGCAUUUUGGAUCAAUGAGUUCCGUCUGCCGAUCGACCAUCGGAUCACGGAGAAUCUCGACCGCGAGGGACUCGAGAUGGCGUCGUUAGACAAGCCAAUCGCGUGCAGCAACGUGGGGUUCCAGCUGCUGCUGAAGAUGGGGUGGCGGGGGAAGGGACUGGGAAGGAACGAGCAAGGUGAGAGGGACAGAAGUGAGAGGGGGAAUGUGGGGGGAAGAAUGAAAAUGGGAAGCAAGGGAAGAGGGGAAGCUCAUUGCGUGCAGCAACGUGGGCUUCCAGCUGCUGCUGAAGAUGGGAUGGCGGGGAAAGGACUGGGAAGGAACGAGCAAGGUGAGAGGGACAGCAAUGAGAGGAGGAAUGUGGGGGAAAGAAUAAAAUGGGAAGCAAGGGAAGAGGGGAAGCUCAUUGCAUGCAGCGGGUUCCAGCUGCUGCUGAAGAUGGGGUGGCGGGGGAAGGGACUCGGACGGAAUGAACAACGCAUUGUGGACCCGGUGCGAACGGAGAUGAGGGGUGCUUUUAGAGUCGUCUCAGAGCUCACUUCCAACCCUACCCCACCCCUCUCUGCCCCCGGCACUAAUGCACACACCCUCCAGGCAUA